AUGGACCACCAUGCUGUCUUCUUGGAUACGUGGUGUUCCAAUGGCGAAAAUAUGGGCCUAUCUGUUCUGGCAGUAUCAGAAAUGGGUGUUUGCUAUUUCUGGCAUGGAAAGACCAUUGACGAGCUUCGUUAUUCAAAACCCACAAAAAUCUAUGUACAAUUUGAUGAUGGGGUUAUAAAGAAAAGCAGAGGGACUAUUCCUAAUGUAUUUGCAGCAAAAUUGCAGAGUGUUUCUACUACUGCUGGUGGUCACAUAUUUCUUGCCCAUGGUUUUAUCAUAAAACCUUCAUUUGAGAAAGUUGUAGUGCAAUCUGGGACAGAUGUAAAAUUAAAUGUUUCGCAAGAUGGUGCUUUUUUGCCUGUGAGGAAGUUGCACAAAAGUGAAACAGAAUCAGGCAUGCCGAGUCAAGGCAAGUCAAGAUUAUUUACUUUUAGAAUUUUGGUUAUUCUGUACUCGAGCACUGUGGGUGCUCUACUUCCUGUGCCUAAGAUGUUUGGUCUCAAAGAUGGAAAGGUUGGAGCAACGGCCGUGGGAAGCAAUGAUGAAGGUGAUUUAGAUGAGGCGACGCUCUGCAUGGAGGACCGUCUAAGAUCCUUUGGGAUACUUGGAAAUAUUGAUGAUGCACUUGGUUCAACAAUGGAUUCUAAAUGGUUCAAGGGCAUUGAUCUUGAUUCCUCCACGCCUCAUAAGAAGUUGAAAGCCACUGUCUUGUCUAUGGAAUCUGGUGAUGCACUUACCCAGUUAAAGAGCUUGGGCCUCAAAUAUCAAACAAACCAACCUGUCCUGGAACGAGAUGAGCAAAAGGACGAAAGUGAAGAUGAAGAGGCCGAUGAAGUCGUUUAUGGAAUCGAUGAAGAUUCUCAAACGGGCAGUGACAGUGAUUUGGCUGAGAAAAAACUUACCUUGCUCUUGGCGUUGUGUCAUUGGACAACCCAAGCUCCGGCGAAGGCGAAUACCCGAACUCCAGUGCCCCAAUUUUGCAGUCAGUUGACGCUCUGGAUUUUCCGUUGUAUUCAGAGUUGGAAUGGGCUAAUCUGUUUCAUGCCGCCGGCGUCCCUAACUCCCAGAAUCCGCUGGUUCAGUUUUUUCCUCCUGGGUUUAACCAGCCGUCGGCAUCACUUUCUUGCUCUGCAGGCAACGACGCGCAAGUUCACCGAACCGACCCAAAUGAAAAACGUCCAUUGGCAGAGGUAUCCUCUGACGGUCCUUCGAGGGAUCCUUCGCCCUCUAGGCCAUGAAAGGGUCCGCCGCAUUCCUUGUCGGAGACGCCGACGUGCUGAGAAGUACCUCAGAAGGGGCGGGUUGGAUUGGCCUGAUGGUGGCUCUUCCAGAGAAAGCAUGAGGGCUGUCUGGAAAUUGCCCCGUCCUCAGAACCUAAUCAUGCAACAUGUAGACCACUCGGUUGGUGAUUUAAUCGAUCUUGCAGGGGCUUUUGAGCCAUCGCCGCGCGCAUCGCUGUUCUUGGUCUUGACACUUGAACAAAUCUUUGUCGGCCUAGAUUUGGGGAUCCUUAAAGAGGUCGAUUUCAAUAAGAAGGGGAGGUCCAAGUUACCAGAAGCGUCUUGCCCGGAUAAGAGAUCUUGCUUCGGCCUUCCUAUUGAGACCUCACUCAACGCCGGCCGAUCCCGCCAACUGCCGCCGGUCGCCGUCCGUAUGCCACCUGCUGUCGUCGCCCUCCGUCUAUCACCACCACUCGCCACAAAUCGAACAAUAGGUGCUCAUGAAGAUGACGUUGCGACCACCGUUGAACGACUAUCGCACAGGCGCGCGGCCGCUGGCGUUGUGCUCGUCGACGAGCUCGGCCAUCCUGGGUGUUAA